CCGGAGCAUUCCCGCCGCAGAUUCAAAUGAGGUAGACCUAAUGCCUGAUUAAUUAUCAUUAGAAACAAAUUUUUACAAGACCCUUUCUCAGACCGUCAUUGAGGUUUUAAAAUCGGCGUUGACAAUUUACGUAAAGAAAACGCAUUUUUAUCAAUUAUCAAAUUCGAUUUAAUAAUCAUGGAAGAUCACUCGGAGCCGGUGGCAACUUCUGAGCUCUCGAAGAAGAUUAACGUCAUCAGCAAAGAGGCAGUUCAUCAAAUCUGCUCAGGACAGGUCGUCUUGGACUUGGCUGUCGCGAUAAAAGAACUCGUGGAGAACAGUCUUGAUAGUGGGGCGACAUACGUCGAUAUCAAACUAGUGGAUUAUGGACAGACAUGUAUUACAGUCAGUGAUAAUGGAUCCGGAGUACUGGAGACUGACUUUGAAGGACUGGGUCUGAAGCAUCACACGUCGAAGUUGCGAGAUUUCUCGGACAUCUUCGAGAUCUCGACGUUCGGUUUUCGUGGUGAGGCCCUGAGUUCCCUCUGCUCCCUUUCAGACCUCAGCAUAACCACGAGACAUUCCUCAGUGUCCCACGGCUUCAAGCUGCAUUUCGAUAAAAAUGGAAAGCUUGUGAAACAGGAGAGGUGUGCACGAGAGGUGGGAACGACAGUCUCAGUGAGGAACAUCUUCAAGAGUUUGCCAGUUAGGGCGAAGGAGUUCCAGAGGAACAUAAAAAAAGAAUUCACCAAAGCCCUCCAGGUGUUGUACGGCUACUGCCUGGUGUCCAGGGGUAUAAAGAUCACCUGCUCCAACAGUAAAGAUGGUAAACCAGGGAACACAGUGGUGUCGACCACUGGAGCAGAUGGAGUCCUGGAGAAUGCCUCCACAGUCUUUGGGAAGAAAUCCCUCAGUGGAAUUGAUACUGUCGAUCUGGUAGAGCCUGACGAGACAGUCCUCCAGGAUUUCAAUCUUUCUGAUAACAAUUCUAUGACCUUCACCUGGGAAUUCUACACCAGCAGCUGCGAGCACAGGAUGGGCUGUGCCUCACCUAAUCGCCAGUUUUUCUACAUCAAUGGCAGACCCUGUGUUCUCACAAAAAUCAGUAAACUCAUCAAUCACAUCUACCACAAGUACAACAACAAACAAUAUCCCUUCGUUUACUUGAACCUCAAGCUGCCACAGGACACAGCUGACGUCAAUGUCACCCCCGACAAGAGAACUGUCUUUCUCACCCAGGAGAAGAUCAUCCUGGCGACUGUCAAGAUGAGUCUGCAGGUAAAGUGGAAUAAAAUGCAGGGGAAUUACACGAGUCUCAGUCUUCAUGAGAUACAGAGCUCCUUGAAGAGGUCAUUGCCAUCGCCAAUUAAUAAUCCACCGAAUAAGAAGAAAAUGGUCUCUUCCUCAGUGGAAAAUUCAGAGGAAGAUCCAGUGGACGCCAUGAAAAUUCAGGUAGUGACUGCAGAAAGAGGUCAGAGUGAUGUGAAAAUGGAGAAGCUACGAGAUAUCGAUAUGAAAAUCGACAUGAAUUCGGUGAAAUCUGCUGUCGAGAUGAAGAGAAUAAGGAGAAACAAGAGGAGAGAUGAUUUUGAGAUAAAAUACAGAGCUGAGAUGGAUUCCAAGAGCUCUGAUGCUGAGAGGGAGCUCCAGAAGGGAUUGACCACUGAGUCAUUCGAGAAAAUGAGAAUUAUUGGGCAAUUUAAUCUUGGUUUCAUAAUUACUCAGCUGGAAGGAGAUCUUUUUAUAAUCGAUCAGCACGCGACAGACGAGAAGUAUCGAUUCGAAAAGCUGUCGAGGGAGACGAGACUCAAGACUCAGAAGCUCAUUGCACCAAAGCCCCUCAACUUCUCGUCCCUGAAUGAGACAAUUAUUGCAGAGAAUCAGGAGUUCUUCGAUGCGAAUGGUUUCACGAUGGUGAUAAAUCCUGAGGCUCUCCCUGGACAACGAGUCCAUCUCACAGGAAUGCCUGUCAGUGGGAAUUGGCAGUUCGGUGAGGAGGACCUCGAGGAAUUAAUUUUCUUGAUCAGAGAGGGGGGUACUGAGGGUAUGAAGGAUCAGGAUAUCGUAAGACCUAGUCGGGUUCGAUCCAUGCUGGCAUCCAGGGCGUGUCGAGGGGCUGUCAUGAUUGGGAAGGCUCUGAAUUCCUCGGAGAUGAGGAGACUUGUCUGUCAGAUGGGUAUGAUCCAUAAUCCAUGGAAUUGCCCCCAUGGUAGACCCACCAUUAGGCACUUGCUGUCAUUAAAAUUACUCAGGAAAUCGUGAAUGUGCAGUGGAGAUAAGAACCCCGGGGAUUUGCGGAUGCCAGUGCAACUCUUUGACGUCUGAUUGUCCCUGAUGAAUGAACAGCAGCU